AUGGCAUCUCAGAGACUCCUGGAGGUAAGUGAAAGUUGGCAUUUCCAGGGGACUUAGCUUUAGGACGUAGAAUAAUGGUAUCAUCAAGUUUGGCAAAGAGCUAUCAAUGGUCAAAAGAAGCUUCUGUUUGUGUUUGUUGGUUUGUUUAUUUGAAUGUAAGCCUGUGACUAGGGAGUGUCUUGUUUUUGAUUUUGUAUAAGCCUCUCUGGGAGCCUUUUUGGCUGAGAAGAGGAGUACAAAUGCUCUGAAUGAAUGAGUACUUUCUCCCCGUGGCCAUCUCUGACCUUCAUCUCUUGUUUCAGGUCACCUUCCUUCCUGCGGAGCAGCUCUUGGAGGCCAAGUGCUUCCUGGCCAGUGACCUUGCUGUAGAGAGCAUCUUCGAGCCUUGGACAUCUCCUACUUGCUGCAAAGAGUUUAGCGGCAAAGCAGUGGAGGUAGGAUGCUGCCAGGGUAGGAGAGAAGAAUCUCCACCUUGAAGUAGGGGAGUCCACCCCAUGCCAUUGGGUGGCCAUGACACAUGUUUGUUGGGAGGGGCCUCACAAUGUCAGAACAAGAACCUCAGCCCAAAGGUCCUGAGACAGCCCCACUUCCUGGUACUAUAUGAGUGACCCUCUCCUUCAUGUCUGACAGGUGGAGGUGCUGCUGGAGGCCUUCCAUAAGAUCACUCCAAGGUCUACAAUGGAGAGCAGAGAAGUGGCCAUCUUACCUUAACAUCACCUGGAUAAAGUGGUUGAAUACCGCCUCCAAUUUUCUUUCAUGUAUGAGGCACUCAGGCUUCUACUGGCCUAAGAGAGAUGUUGGGAAUUUGCAGGGCUUGCUCAGAAAGUAACUCUCUCCCUGAGGGGGGAGGCCAGGCAGCUGGAGAACCCGCUCCCCACAGUGUCAGCAGCCAGUCUCCAAAUCUCUUCCUCCCUCUGGAUUCCCAGCUGAUUUGGUGCCUCAUGGCAAGAGACAGAGGAUUUGGAGGGCUCCCGCUGUGGUACCAUAGCCAGGAUUAGGUCCUUUAACAGGAAGAGCAACAGAGCAGAAGCCGAGAAGGCAGGGACAGGUCUCUGUCCUCUAGGCGAGGCAGCAAGGGGUGAGAUUGGUGCAGGUUCCCCCUCUCUUUUUGCCAUCUGCAGAGAUGCAGCAGCACAGAGGGGCUGAUCCAGAUCACUGAGGGAUCCUUCUGGAGUGCAGGAGACCAGGGAAGACCAAGCCAUUUCCUCUCUGUGACAUGGCAGCAAGCAGUAGAGUUCCUGAUGGAGCCGGACCACCUGUGGAGGGGUCAGGUUUAGAGGCAAAGCGUCUUUCUGGCCCCCGCACCACUGCCCAGAGAACCAAAUGGUCCCCUCCGUGCAAUAAUGUGCCAUCCCUGAGCCAAGAGAUCUGACUGUUGCUGUGCCUGCAAGAGAAUAUGGCAGGAGGUUUUGGCUGACCAACAACAACUACUCCAUCUGAAGGCUGAGCAGCUGCAUCAGAGCCCCUUGGCAGAGUCUGCCACCGCUGUGGUAAGGACAAAUCCCCUGCUUUCUGGCUUCUUCUCCCCAGAGUAAUAUCAAGGGGUUUCUGUAUUCUGCAGAAAAGCAGGGAAAGUGACUUGCACCUCUCUCUCUUCCAGCAGCACCUGACCAGCCUGAUGCACACCAUCCGCAGGAUGGAUGAAUACAAGGUACCUAUGCGCCAUCACUUUCCACAGCUGCUGAUAGGUGCCUAGUUCCUGCCUGCCCAGGAAUUCCUCAGCUCAGUAGCACAUCACAAAGGGACAAAUGGAGUCCCUUUUCCUUCAGCUUCUGGGGUUUUCUGGUCCAGCUUGAUUUUCCAAGGGAGACUAUCUUUCAGGUGGCUACUAGGGAGCAAGGAUGCGGAAGGAAUUUGAUUCUGUUUGCAUGUCAAGGCAGAUCUGCAUAAUUCAUAAUUUCUGGAAAUAUCAACUUCUGGGGGAGCCUUGUAAAUGUGGUUUUCCAGUUUGGUUCUUGGUGUUUUGGCCAUUGUCAGACACGAUAGUGUCUGGCAGGUCGUGUGUGGUGAACACCCACCACAGGGCCCGGAUGACGACCCUGGAGGUCAUUGUUGAGACUGGCAUCACCUCGAGCCGCUUUGCGAAAGAGUCCACAAUGAUCAGGAACGUCUGACCUUGGAAUGGGCCAGUGAAAUCAAUGUGGAGUCUUGACCACAGUGUGCGUGUCAUCUCCCACUGUUGAAUCGGGGCCUUGGGCAUGGCCGGUUGGGACUCUGGCAGGUCUGGCAGUUCUGGACCCACUCUUCUACUGCUGCAUCAAUGCCUGGCCACCAGACGUGGCUCCUGGCCAAAGCUUUCAUGCAGACAGUGCCUGGAUGACUCACAUGGAAAGCCUCCAGCACUCUGGUCCGCAGCUUAGCAGGGAUCAUGACCCAGUUUCCCCAUAGCAGGCAUCCAUUGUAGACUGACAGUUCAUGUUGCUGGGGAUGAAUGGGGAGAACUCUGCAUCAAGGCAACUCGCUGGCCACCCCCUCCACACCCAGUUGAAGAUGCGGGAGAUGGUGCAAUCCUUUGCCAAGUGCGUGGCGACAUCUGUGGCAUGGAGCGGUGGCUGGGGCAGAGCCUCCAGUAGCAUCACACCAUAGUUUGGGGAUGGGUUGGUGUCAAUGUCUGCCAAUGACAGGUGGCUUAGGGCACCUGUGUGGCCCAGUUUCCUACCAGGAUGGUGGUAAAGCACGUAGUCAUAUGUAUUGAGAAAGAUGGACCACCUUAGCAUCCUCAGAGACUGGAUCUGGGGCGUCUGCUGAUCAGGAGCGAAAAGGCCCAGCAGAGGUGUGUAGUCAGUCACAAUCGUGAAGUGGCGGCCGUAGAUGUAGUCAUGGAACCUCUUCACUCCUGCCACAAUAGCCAGGGCCUCCUUGUCAAACUGGGCAUGAUUGCAUUCCAUAGAUGACAAGGUCCUGGAGUAGAAUGCAAUGGGGGCCUCCCGCCCAUCCAGCAACUGGUGGCUGAGGACCAUGCCGAUUCCAUACGGGGAAGCAUCACAGGCAAGCACAACGGGCUUGGUCUCAUCAAAAUGGGUAAGGAUGCUGUCAGAGGAGAGCAGGUGUUUGACAGCAUUGAAAGCAGAAUCCUGAGCAUGGUCCCAGUUCCAAGGGGCUUUCUUGUCCAAUAGCCGGUGCAGGGGCUCCGCUAUUGCUGCCUUAUGGGGAAGAAAGGAGUGGUAGUAGUUCAGCAAACCCAGGAAGGACUGCAGCUCUUGUUUCAAGCAUGGUGGUGCAGCACUUUGGAUGGCUUGACCUUUGCCAGUGUGGGGUAGCUGCCGUCAGCAUCAAUCAGGAACCCAAGGAACACAACCUUGGGCACCCCUGGCAUUUUUCUUUCAUCACCUUAAGGCUGGCGUCUUGGAAACGGUGCAGGGCUUCUCAAAGACGGGCUGCAAGUUCUGCCUCGGACUCUGCUGUGAUGAGGACGGCAUCAAAAUAAGGAAUGACACCCAGGAGGUCUUUCAGGACUCUUCCAUGAGGUUUUGGAAGAGGUCUGGGGCCACACUGACACCAAACUGUAGUCUCUUGAUGUGGAAAGCCCCGCGGUGGGUCACGAUUGUCUGUGCCUCAGAGGUAGCCUCAACGACCAGAAGUUGUUGGUAUGCCUGGGCCAAGUCGAGCUUUGCAAAGACUUUUCCACUGGCCAGCGAUGCAAGGAGAUGACUCACAACUGGAACAGGAUACACAUGCUGCUGCAGGGCCUUGAUGAGGAUGCACUUGUAGUCAGUGCAGAUUCUCACAUCCCCAUUUGCCUUAAGGGGAGUGACAAUUGGGGUCUCCUAUUGAACAUGCAGGACUGGGUCAAGAGGUGAUCUAGCUCUGCAUCAAACUUGGGUUUCAGGGCGAAUGGCAGUUGCUGAAGUUGCAGUGGCAGGUAGUCUGCCACAAAGCCAUAACAAAGGCAGCAAUGGAUUCACCUGGUCUUAUUUGUACAAGGCAUGCUGGCAGGCAAUCUCUGUUGCCUGGGGAGCGAAGAGGGUCCUUAGCUUCAGCAUUAUUGCAUCGAACGUUGUAUCACUCAAUUUGGCUGGGGCCACUGGAGCCUAGGCAAUCUCAAACGUAGCAGGCCCCCCCCCCCCCCACUGAACAGCGUAGACCACUUCAGUUUGGAGUCGGUCAUGUUAUUGGUUGCGAGGAAGAACUCAAGCCGGGUGGCAUAGGAGUCUCAUUUUCCUGGAACUGUGGUGUCAAAUUCCUUGAUGUGGCCCUGGGUGGCCAUGACAUCCGCUCUGUGUGAUGUGCCUUGUGGCUGCAGUCAGUGAUUUCAGCUCAGCUGAGGCGACAGUUUUCCAGCAGUGCUUUCAGCUUGUGGGAGCUAGCCAAGGCUGCAUACCUAGCCUUACAUCCCACCUUCGUCACCAGUGAAGUGCAGGUGAGUUCCCAUGAGGCAAGACACAGUGAUAACAGCAAGAACCUUUAUUGAACUACAUAACAGUGAAACAGGGGCAAAGCAACUGCUUAUAUACAUUUCUGAAAGCGUGGGCCAUUCCCACUCCCAACAUGAUUGGCUGUUUAAACUUCCAAACUAUGUUCCUUCUCUAUCAUCCCAUUUUCCUUUUCCAUCUUGCAGGCAAACCAUUUUGGAUUGUUGGUCUAG